UAUAAUUAAUGGGAAGAGGAAAAGUAGAGCUGAAGAGAAUCGAGAAUCCUACAAACAGGCAAGUGACAUUCUCAAAGAGAAGAAAUGGGCUGCUCAAGAAAGCUUUCGAGCUCUCUGUGCUCUGCGAUGCUGAGGUUGCUCUCCUCAUCUUCUCACCCUCUGGAAAAUCAUUCCAAUUUUCCAGCCAUGACAUACAUAGGACUAUUACGAGGUACAAAAUUGAAGUAGGAAUAACCAAAUCAGUCGACGAACAAGGCAUGGAGGUCUGGAGAAAUGAAAUUGAGGAGUUGAGGAGAAGAGUUGAGGCUCUGGAAGCUAGAGACAAGCAUUUGGCUGGAGAAAAUCUAUCAGGGCUGGGCAUGAAAGAGUUGAAACAAUUAGAGCGCCAGUUAAGAGUCGGGGUGGAACGUAUUCGUUCCAGGAAGAGACGUAUAGUUAUGGAAGAAAUAAAUUAUCUAAAGAAAAAGCAUAAAGACCUUCAAGAAGAGAGCAUCAAUCUCCAAAAGAAGCUGCACGAGCUUCAAGAAGCCAGCACAAGCAUGUUUUUGAAUCAGAUGCAACCAGGGUAUUAAAGAGGU